AAACCCGCCAAAAUCAGCUGAUGCCAAAAAAAAGGCUAAGCCCUCAUCACUAAAAUGUUGGUUCAAUCGAUAGAUCUAAAUAAAACCCGGCAAUUACUUGGCUGUUUGUUUUUCUUUUUGUUAAAUUAAAAUAAAUUAAACAAGUGUUUAAUAAAAUGGCAUUAGUGGACUAUGGUAACAGCAGUUCCUCCGCCUCUGAAGAUGAAGAAUCCACUAAAAUCACUCAAACCACAUCGUUAAACUUUCUGAAAAGACCUGCCCUGCCCACAGCUGCCGCACUGUUGGGUCCCAAGAAACCGAAACCCGAGGAUUUCGUCGACGACGUAGUGGAUGAUCCUGCUCUACAUGGCGGUCGCAUCCGCAGCUUCAAGCAUGAGCGAGGAAAUUGGGCCACCUACGUCUAUGUCCCAGCAACUGCCUGUGCCGAGCAGCUGGAGGAGUUCCAAGCCGAGGCUAUUGCCCAAUUGGGGCCCCACCUGGAAUUGCAGCCCAAUGAGUCACUUCAUCUGAGUCUUAGUCGCACGGUGGUGCUCCAAUACCAUCAGAUAGAUGAGUUCUCUCGAUCCCUGCAAGCGGCGCUUAACAGCUCCACAAGCUUCGCUGCCACUUUGCAAGGUCUGCGAAUCUACACAAAUGAAGAGCGAACCAGGACAUUCAUUGCCGCCCCUUUGGAUGCAGCUUUUACGGAAAAGAUGUCUGCUAUCCUGCAGCCCAUAGACCAGGUGAUGCUCGACUACCGAUUGCAGCAGUUCUAUGUUCCGGCCUCGUUUCAUGUCAGCCUCCUUUGGUGCGUGGGCGAUCAGGAGCAUCUGCUAAACAGCAAGCUGAAGGAACUUAACGAGCUCCUGGAAGAUCAGGACACUCUUUCUCUGGCCGUCACUGAAGUGCACUUGAAGUGUGGCAACAAGGAUUUUACUUACAUGCUAAAAUAAAUAGCGGAUAAAGUAAAUAUAUUCUUUAAAUCCUUUCAUUCAAAUAUGUCUAAGCAGUCGCUUUU